UAUCCUAUCGCCUCGCCUCGCCUUGCCUUGCCUUGCCUUGCCUGCUUCCUCGCUCGGUUCGCUCCUCCCCCCACCUACGCGCGGAUUUCUUCCUGAAACCUCGACUCGCCCAGAGCCCUCCUCUCUUCUCUUGUGUCGCCUUCUAUCUGCUUCUUCCUCCUUCGCCGCCGGUCACCAGCGUGAUAUGAACAGCUUCGAAUUCGUCCACGACGGGAAUGGGAACGAGAUUGCUCCUCUCCCUUCACUCGCCUUCACUAGAUUUCAAAAAAAUGGGACGGCUACAUUCUACAGCCGGGCUCACUUCAGUUCAGGCUCAGGUUCUGGUUCACAUUACCGGCAUGCCGGGAAGAUGCCAUCUCGCUGUACUGUCUACCUUGGCCGCCUCCUCCAUCUGCUGCUCUGCAAGAUCGCAGAAUGAUUCCUUUAGUCCACCUGCUGGUCCUGGUCACGGAGCACACUUGUUUUCUCCCUUGGAGGACGGUAGCAGCUUUUUCUCCUUCGUCCCCGGUCUUCAAUUCCUAGCUGCCUCGCCUGGGGAGCGGUAAUUUACUCCCUCCAACGUGCUCUGCCCACAUUUCUCUUCUUUUGCCACGCCACCAAGAUCCAUAGCAUUGUCUCUAGCAAGAUGGAUCGAAUCUUCCUCUGGCAGUGGUUGGGGAGGAUGGAAUUCAUCCACGCCACCAAGAUCCACAACAAUGGGACUUCAAAUCUUCCUCUGGUUUCACCUUUACCACCUCGGAUGCUGUCUUACUGACAGCAGGCACUAGUAGUAUUAGUAUUAGUAUCACCCUCGGAUGCUGUCAGUAGUAAGGCCACUAGUUUAAUACUGUCCUACUAUGACUAUGCUCAUCCCAGGCCACCCUCCUCACUCCCCUCCUCACUCCACCCAUCACCACCAUUACUUUAAUGGCAGUGGUUGCAUAAAGAGGGAAAAACCAACCAACGAACGAAAGCGAGAUGCGUUGCGUUUGUUUGCAACCAAUGAGUCUCAAAAUCCCGGCGACCGGGAUUAUUAUGCCCUCCCUUGGCUUUUCUGGAGAUUGUGUUUGCCCCUGACCUGGGACCAAACCCAAUGAUGAACCACGUUUACAUGUACUACUACUAGCAUCCAUCUAUCAGUGUCAGCAUCAGGCCCUCCCUUUUCUUUCCUUUUCAUCAUUCCUCACCAUCUUGGCUGGCCUACCGAGCUUGGCCGUCACGGAGGCGAUCAAUCAAUCAAUCAAAUGGUUUUUCCAUUUUGUUUUCCCGUUCACGGCGUCGUCGGUGCAGAGGAGAUUGGCAACUGCUCAUGUGGGAUCCCAGGAACAGGCCCCAGGUGUUGAUAGUUGAUUGAUAUUACACAUAAUUCCUUUUUUCUUCUCCAAGAGAAUGUCGAGUGACUUCAACCAUUGACACAACUUGCUAAUAGUGUUGUUGUAUAACAAAUGUAUAAUGCAUGUGAGUAGAAUCUAGAUACGACGUGUGCCUCGCAACCAACCAACCGGUUCAGCGUCGCCGAAAAGGGAAUUCAGAGACGCAAAGGGGAAGCUGCUGCUGCCUGCCCACCACCACCUACAUGGAUGGUUGGAAUAGUUUGAGCAGCGGUGGUUGCAGAUGGCACGUCCAUGCGCAUGCAGCUCGAGGUGAGGUGUAGCCAUCAGAAAUGAAAGAAAGAAAGUUUGGUCGUCUCCUCAAGAAGCCGCCGCGCCGUCCUUUGCCGACAGAAUCCAGUGGCUAAAGCCGCGUUUGAUUAAACAAAAGAGAGCGGGAGAUGAGGUGUCGCAGAAUGAUGAUGAUGAUCUUAGUGCUGCUCGUUAUUGAUCUGAGGCUUGCGGUGUUAAGCUACUGAUGGCACCAUCUUUGCAGAACCUGUCCUGUUGUGGUUGUGCCCAAGUUCCUGCAAACGAAGGUUCUGGUUUUUGCCUUUUCACGGCGAAUGCUUAAGAACGUCGUGUUCUAGCAGCAAAGACCAGUUGCAACCUGGCCAUGCUCUUUUGCAUCAGUUCGCAGUUUGGUGCUAUCUUCUUGCACAUGGCGGGUUUUUGAAGCCUUGCCAAGCCUGAGAUCUCUGACCACCGCCAAGCCAAGCAUCCGUAACAUCUGCGGCUCUCAUGUCAGUUGUUGCCCUCUCAACUUUCAGUCCACAGUCUCCAUCCAACAUCACACCCAAUUAGCACAUGCAAUCCAGUCUCUUUGUAGUUGGAAACAGAUGGCUGCUGUUCUAGGUGUCCUAGCCGUAGACCUAUUUUACUUAUCUUUCCUAGUGUGUAGUGCUGUGGGUUGAGAUGUCCCCUGUCUUGCAGGGUGCUGGUCCUGAAUUGAGUUUAUUAUCACAAUGAUGGAUGUGCAGUGCAUUUACAAGACUUUUCUUGUCGUUGAAGUUGAUAGCUUUCUGUCCCUUCGUUGCUCGGAUUCUCUUGCCUUCAUAUAAGCUGACCCCUUUGUUAAUCAUAACUUAGAACUCCACCUCUCUUUAGUUGUACUCCCAGACCAGGAUACUGUCUGAAGCAAUUCAUAAGUUAGGCCGGUUCAUUACCGUUUCGGUUGAUUUCUGCCUUUGAACUACCAGAGAGAUCUUGUCACUGCCGUAUGUUUGGCAAGCUUCAUAGAUCUGUUUAGCACUAAGAUAGAUAGCUAGAUUGAACUGGAUGGGGUCUGUUUGAUAUUCCUCCCCAGUCCCCACUCCCUACCUGCAAACUAGCCGAUGAUGGAUCUCCACAUGAAGCUUCUCGUGGCCUCCCUCAGCUGUGUACUUCUGAUACAAGGAGCAUUCUGUGAUAACGCCGCAGGGGGGACUGGAGCCACAAGCUGGACAUGUGUAUGCGCUGCUCAUCCGCUAGGUGAACCAAACUCCAACAGCAGCCUGUCAUCCAGUUGCGACUCCUCGUGCCAUUGCCUACGAGAUGAAAACGGCGGCACAGGGUCAUGGAACUGCUCGUGCCGCUCCGAUAAGGCCCUUCAGGAAGAAGAAGAUGGUGUGGUGCACAGCACGAGUUGCUUCACUUCCUGUAACUGCACAUCUGGAAAUUCUGAACAAGGGAGGAAGCAUUUCUCUAGCAAAACAGUCAUUGCAACACUCCUGGUAUGUGUGGUUCUCACCACUGUUGCUUUUGUCGGCACCACGGCGUACUACUUCCGCCGCAAGGACGCGCUCUCUCCGCGUUCCAGGAUGCACUCUUUUGACAAGUACGCCAGCUGGAAUAGCAGAUCGAACCUCGUUAGCCACCGAUCUUCUCCCCUUACCCAACUGAAACCCAAACCCGGGCUCAGUGUCAUCAAAGGGUUUUUGUGCAGCUGUCCGCUCGUCUCCCGGAGCGAAGACGGCCCAUUCCCUGGCGUGGUUCUCCGAUUCUCCUACGCGGAGUUGGACCAGGCAACCGGAAAAUUCUCCGACGAACAGCUCAUCGGCGUCGGUGGGACGAGCAAGGUGUAUCGUGGCCAGCUCGCUGAUGGCAAAGUCGUCGCCGUGAAGAAGCUUCGGCCCCUCGGCGGUGCGGACGAAGACUAUGAGUUCCUGUCAGAGAUAGAGCUGCUGUCGCGGCUGAACCACUGCCACGUGGUGCCAUUGCUGGGGUACUGCUCGGAGCGGCAGGGGCGGCAGCUGGAGCGUCUGCUGGUGUUCGAGUGCAUGACCAACGGCAACCUGAGGGAGUGCCUGGACGACCUCAACAGGAAGCCCAUGGACUGGGCGACGCGCGUCGGCGUGGCGCUGGGUGCGGCGAGGGGCCUCGAGUACCUCCACGAGGCGGCGGCGCCACGCAUCCUCCACCGCGACAUCAAGUCCACCAACAUCCUGCUCGACGACAGGUUCAGAGCCAGGAUCACGGACCUGGGCAUGGCCAAGUGCCUGAUGAACGAUGGCGUGACCAGCUGCUCCAGCUCGCCGGCGCGCAUGCUGGGCACCUUCGGGUACUUCGCGCCCGAGUACGCCAUCGUCGGCAAGGCGUCGCUCAAGUCGGACGUGUUCAGCUUCGGCGUGGUGGUGCUGGAGCUCAUCACGGGCCGGCAGCCGGUGCACAAGAGGGGCGGCGCCGGCGCCAGCGGCGCGGGCACGGACGAGAGCUUGGUGAUGUGGGCGACGUCGCGGCUGCGGGACAGCAGGCUGGUGGUCGCGGAGCUGCCGGACCCGGCGCUGAAGGGCGCGUUCCCGCCCGAGGAGAUGCAGAUCAUGGCCCACCUGGCCAGGGAGUGCCUGCAGUGGGACCCCGAGGCCAGGCCCACCAUGACCGAAGUCGUCCAGAUCCUCUCCACCAUCGCGCCCCACGCCGACAAGCGCCGUCGCCACCACCUGCCCGCCGCCGCCGGCGCCUUCGCCCCGGGCUUCCACGCCGAGAGGCCGCGGGAAUGCUCAGUGUGGCAGGACGACGACGACUACGGCCAUCGCCGCGAUCACCUGCACGGAGGGAACGGCAGCAAUGCCAAGGGCGCCGUCUUGUCCGGAGAGGUCAUGGUUAACGUCGGGAUGCCAGUGACGAUGAUGACGACGAUGGGGCGGAGCUGGCGGUCGGCGGAGCAGGAGGAGGUGGACCUGACGGAGCCGCGGCUGGAGACGUUCACGGAGCCGACGACGACAGCCAGCCCCUUCAGGUGAACGUGAGAUGAAUCGAAUACGUCGUAGAAGAGAUUGAUAGAAUAGUCAAGUAGAGCCAGAGAAGAAAAAUGUGAGUGAGAUGCAUUGUACAGGCAAGAACGUAAUCAAAUCAAUUUGAGAAGAAAAAUGUGAGUGA